AACUAGCAGCAACGCUAGACUUCUGUUUUUAAUUCAAAGUUAAAAAUUCAGGUACAGACAUAAAAAAAUAUAUAUCAUCCAGAAAACACAAUAUACUCAUGUUGGUUAAAUGAGCCCAUCUUACACUACAUUCCUACAUUACAUAAACCCAAUUACUGUGACGCCAACUUUGAUUUUAUACUGAAAGCUGCAACGGGAAGUGAGGUUGUGUCUGUUACCCGGUGACUUCACACAGAGAACCCCUCCCUUUCUCACCGUUCACUCCUGUGCGGUGUUUUAUUCUGGGUAAGGUAAAAAAAAAAAAAAAAAAAAAAAAGAAGAAGAAGAUGCGAAUUCACACUGCGACUUGUGCACCAGAGAGCGGAUACCUCUGCAGACGGGCUGCCCUCCCAGCCGGUCUCAACACCUCCCUGUGAUAUGAACACUUUGACAACAGCUAAUGACUGUGACUGCUGUGAAUUCAUCAGUGUUUUUUGUGCUGAGAACAGCUGCCUGCUGCGACUGGAGAUGACAGUGAUGACAGCAAAGAGACUGAAGCAAAACAGCAGAUCGUAAAACAACGUGAAGUCUCUGUAAAGGCCUCAACCCAGCAUGGUAAUAUCAGUUCACCCUCCAGUAUCUUCAGUGGGCAGUCAGUGAGGAACCGUCAACACUAUGCGAUGUGCGUAAGGGAUGAGUGGCGGUUGUGGCCCCAGGCGGGAUGCUGCUGACGGCCGGUCAGUAUGACUCUGCUGGACCUGUGGCUGUCACGCUCCCUCCCCAUGUGCCUGCUCCUUCAGAGCCUUGUCCUCAUGGCCUUGUGCUUCCCCUCGGCCAGCAUGUGUCCAAAGGGCUGCAUCUGCCAACGUGACCCCCACCUCCACGGCAUCAACGUUACCUGCAGUCAGUCCCGCCUCAAAGAGAUCCCCCCCAGCCUCCCGGUCGACACCGUCCUGUUGAGGCUGGAUCACAACCAGAUCGGAGCCGUGCCCGAUCAAACCUUCCACGGACUUCGGCUUUUGAGGGAGCUUAACCUUUCGUACAACGCUGUGGAGACUUUAGGGGAAGCAGCCUUCAGUGGCAUAGAGGCGACUUUACAGGUGCUGGACCUCUCCCACAACCGUAUCACAAGCGUACACAAGGAUGCUUUCGCUCGGCUCAAGGCCCGCGUCAUCGUGGACGACAACCCGUGGCAUUGUGACUGUGCUCUCCAGCAGGCCAUCAGCGGAAUGGCCCACAACCACGACGCCGCCGCCCGCGUGCUCUGCAGGAGCUCAGAGGUUCGUGACCAGGAGGGAAGACCUUUCUUGGCAGUGGACACUGACCUCUGUAACCUUGCCAAAAGGACCACAGACUACGCCAUGUUGGUGACCAUGUUUGGCUGGUUUGCCAUGGUCAUUUCAUAUGUGGUGUAUUACGUCCGACAGAACCAGGAGGACGCCCGGCGCCACCUGGAGUACCUCAAAUCUCUCCCGAGCAAGCCCAAGAAACCUGACGAAGCCGACGACAUCAGCACUGUUGUCUGACGGCAGCGUCACAGUGACUGCGUCCACCGCAAACCUAACGAACACCAAAAUGUUCACGUGACAGGACCCACACUAAUGUUUACUAUUUGUACCACUAGUGAUGUGAGCAUCAAAACUGCAGAUCAAUCUUUGUAUUUUAGACAUUUUGUUGUAUGUCCUUACCAGGGUUUGUUCACGACUGAUCUGAGAUAAGUUGAGAUGGGAGGCCGCAGUCUAAUAGUCUAAUGCCAACGUUAUCUUUUCUACAGAAAUUGCUUAUGGAGUUUUGAAAAUUUGAAUCUCAGGUUUAAAUAAUGGUUGUUUUUAGAUUAAAAUUUGGAAUAUCUGAUAAAUAGAAAAUAUAUUUUUAAGUCACAACACCCUAUACUCUAUUUCCCAGAGCCCUUAUUUUGGUAUCUCAAAGCCCACGAUAAGGUGUACGUUGAGUUUUGUAAACACUUGCUGAACCAAUUGCAUCUUUCAUGCGCCUUUAAAAUUAAAUCUAAAUUACAAUAUCCACACAGAAACUUCAGCAUUUCUGAACCCAUGGUAUUUGAUCUACACAUUGUGUAAUACUAUUACAGCUUUGGUGACCUGUCUUUGAUACAGACAAAUCACAUUUAAGCCCGAUUUUCACAAUACAGACAAGUAGUCAAGAUUCCACUGAAAUAUCUUGUGAAUGAUCUCACACUGUGGCUAAGGAAAAUACUGGGUGCUAUGGAAGCUUAUUUUUCCAAGUAAGGAAACUAGUAAAAUGUUAAGAAGGAAUUAAAAAUAAAAAUGCUCACUUAAAAUGAUGUGAUAGUACGUAAACAUUUUGACUUUCUACGUGAAAUUCGUGAGAUACUAAAUCAAGAUUUUGUCUUUGUUUGUUAUGAGAUACAAACUCGAGUAUCAUAUAUUAAAUUACUUAAAGUGCUUUACUUUUUAAGUCAAAACUAAGAGCUGGUAAGUCACAGUGGUCGCUAGCUUCUUUAGCUAACCUGUCAGUAUUACCCGUUGUAUCACCAUGAACGAAGCUAAUUUAGCUUAGCACCAGUGGUCUUCUUAUCACAGUUCAGGGCUGCAGUUCUGGCUUCUGGCCAAAACCACCCUGAUAUGUGGAAAACCGCAGUUGUUAAAACUGUAGGCUGUAGCUCACAGACAAGACUCUUUCAUAUUGUAUUAGAAUAAGAAAAAAAGGAAGGAAGGAAGGAAGACAUUAUAGCCACACAACAAACCGUAACAUCCAUUCCAACUGAAGGAAUCAGGGCUGCCCCCGACCAAAGUUUCUCCUAGCCGACUGGUAGUCGUCAGUUCAGGCGAUUAGCUGACUAGUCGUUGCACGUUUAUGAUAUUAAUUUAAUUACUUAAUUUAGUAUUUUUGGGGGGAGCAUCAGAAAAUGGCUUGAGUCCAGGGUUGAGAAAGAAUAUAAGUAACACGGCUAACGGCGUGCUACAGUACAGAGAAAUACAAAGCCGUGAUAAUGAGCCACGGUAAUGAUUCUGAAAGUGUCGUAACAACCAGCAAGGAGAGCGUUAGCAUGAGCGUCCGUGCUAAGUUGCUAACUUUAAGCUACUUACAUGUUUCAAAUGACAAGCGCUGUUUUAGGUCAAUGAAUGAGAGGCGAAUGUUUGUCUGCAGAGUUUGCGUCACCUUAGCUGCGAUCGUCCUUUAGCCGCUCGAGGCGUUGGAGUUCCUUCCGGACACGCCGGUGUGUAAUUACUGUAACGGACCGUUCUGUGUUCACAGGUUGUUUUGAUAUUUCAGUUGCCGUAAGACAGGAAUUGUUGUCGGAGUCUCGCUUGUCACACGUGUGUUAGUAAAAAUAAAGUUGUUGCUGCUGUUCAUUGUACUACGUCUCUUAAUUCGCAUUUAUUAUUUCAUUAUUGAAUCUUCCAGUUAGUCAAACCCAAGAGUCUCGGUUAGAGACCAGUCGUGUAAAUGAUGUCUGUCCGUGACUGACUGAGUGACUUCCUGUCAAGUUUGGGGUUUUUUUGUCCUGUGACCAACUGACCAAUCAAAAUUUGGUCGACUUAGACCGUCUCAGUCAUUAGCGUUUGGUAUUUGUGGGCAGCCCUAGAAAUUAUAUAUAAUUUAAAUUUCGCGAUGGUAUUUGUGUUGUAGUGGAGCCAGUGAACCCAGUUGUAGCAGAGCCACGAAAAGUACAGAACAUUAAACUUUUUGAAACAUAUGAAAUAUGAAAAAAUCUUCACAAGAUCAAGAUCCAUAAUGUUUAAACGCAAAUGUUCAUUGAUAUAUAACUAGAAUGGCGUCCAGUCGAGUGUAUACCUCCAAACAGUCCCACACAUGUUUAUUAGAUCUGGGUUAUUAUCUGGAUCUGCACCAACUUGUACAAACUCAUAGAUCUCAACCUAAACAUUUACAUCAGAAUUGCAAUGUUAUGGAAAGUCAUAAAAAAAAAAAAAUCCUGGAUCCACCCCUUUUAACCCGACCCUCACCGACAUGUAACGGCCCAAGCCCAUCACCAUCUCCACUAAGUUUGGUGCAAAUGGGUUCAGUUCUUCUUGUGUAAUCCUGCUGAUAAACAACCGAACAAUAACAGUCAAAAAAAUUGUCAUUCAUGAAUAAAUCUGGAUGUAACGAUGAUGAGAAAUGUAAUGGAACCAUCCUGAAAAUAUCUAGUUAUAAUGUGAAAAAAUUCUCCUUAUAAUGAGAAACCAACUUUUUUUUUUCUUUUUUGGUCAUGGUGACGGUAAUAAAUUGAUGUACCAAACACCACAUGUCAGACAUUGAGUCAUUGCAGUUAACAUCCUGAUCACCACCCACAUGAACAUGAAUGUACAAUAAAAAUUGAAAUGCCCUUAAACUUUAAAUAGUCUGAAAUAAAAUCCGACAUCAUGUAAAUGAUUUUUAAGAAAAGUCCAGAUGUUAAAAGAUUAGUUCUGACUAUUAAAUCUGGCGGACAUCUGUAGUAACUGAGACAGUAGAUAUUUGAUUUUAAGAAGGAACCCCAAAAUGCUCUUGAUGAUCUCUUGAUCAUGGAAAUAGUAGUUUGACCAAUUACCAACUUUAGCUGAGCUUCUGCGUUUGAUCAGGUGACAAAAAUUGGUCAUAUACUGUAUGUACUCAGAAGGAGUGGGUGAACUCACAAUCAGUCAACACCUUAAGAUGUCUGCUGGUGCUUGGUUUGACUUCCUGUCCAACACAUCACUGAAGGGGUGAGGACGAUAAGGACUCUUGAUUCUGUACCUCACAAUUUUACGUCUGAUGCCAACGUUCAGGAAGUAGUCAUUCCCUUUAGGUCGCAAAUUGGUGGAUGCAGCAUAAAGAAAGGUAACAAGCUGAAAGGUGAAGGUGUGGUGGUUGGUGUGACAGAAGGCCGUGUAGCGUCCUCUCACUGAGUUUUAACCAUGACCUUUCCCUAACCUUUACCAGUUGUUUUAGCCACCAACCCCUAACCACAGCUCAGCUUUGUCCAAUAUCUGCAUUUUGUCUGGUGAAAGGAAUCUCUCUAUAUGCGAGGACUUGUUGGUCAUGUGAGGACGCUGAAGUCGGCAUUAAAUCUGGACUCCUGCCUGUCACGACGGAUCCUGUAGUCAGACGUGAGCUGUCCGAGGCGCUUCCAUCACUUUCCAUCAGAACCAAAAACAAGAUGCACUUGAAAUUCUCACAAGUCUGAGAUGGGAGGAGAGACACAAGGAAACUGUGGGACACUGCAAAACAAAACACCAUGGCUACAAAGAGUUCGAAGAAGAGGUGGGGGCAGGACUGAACUCUGACCUUUGUGUCUCGCUGGACAUAAACAAACUGGUGUUUUUCGACGAGUGACUUUCUUGUUUUUCUCAUCAGCUGUCACAGAUGUCUCUUCAGCUAGAGUGAUCUUUAAAUCAAUACAUCUGGUUGUUGCUGUCUGUACACCCUCACGCCCACGUGACAACAGUCAGGAGAAGAAAUGUUUUGUGGCUCCAGCAGCACAUUAAACUCUUGAGAUUUUCAAAGUCUCGUCGUCUGCACUAAAUCGACCGUGAGUUGAGAUUAUUUUGUCAAAAAACCCAGAGUGCUGAGCAAGACGUUCUGGAACCUGAGGUUUUUGGUUCUGGUUUAACGGCGCCUCUGGACAGACGAGACUGUCCUGUAAAAAACAAGCCCACAGGUCGUCUGUGCAGCAGGUUAUUAUGACCCGUAGUUACCUUUUGUUGCUAGGCGACACCUAGUGGUCGUAGUAAUUAUGACGGGAGCAAAAAGGGAAAAGAUCGGUGACGUAGGUUGUGGUGGACGGGUGAAUAUGACACAGGAGAGCAGUGUUCGAUUCCCAUGUUAAACCAGCUGUUAAUAUUGUUACCAUGACAACAAAGACCGUGUAAUGUUGAGGCAGCACUUAUUUUAACCCAAAUCACCAUCUAUUUCUAAACCUAACCAAGCAAAGGUAGUUUCGCACAUGUUAUAUAUUAUUGUAACCAUGACAACCCAGGUCCAGUAUGCCCGCCGACGUAGGGGCCGUUUCGGGAGAGACUCCUAUGGGUCGUAUCGGAGGGUUGCUCAGGUUGGAGGAGGUGACGGGACAGGCUGCUUCUGUGUGGUACUGUACAUUUCUUUCUUCAGUGUGUGAAGUCUGGGUUUGUUGCUGUUGUUUAAUCAGUUCUCGUCAGAGUGAAUUUUAGAUGUUUAUCUGCACUGAUCACAAGUAAGCACAAGACUACAUGUCAGUUUCAGUGGAUUCUUUUUUGUUGGUGUUUUGUGGUUUGGUUCAGUCCUUCCCAGACGGAGCUGGUCAUUUUUAUUUAUUACCAGCUCAAUGUCUCUCUUACCAGGCCCUCUCAAGGGGGAGGACAGAUUUAUCACAUGUAUGGAUGUCACACUACAGUAUAUCAUCAUCUCAGUCAUCACAAAUUAACACAAACCUUCCUAUUCCAAGUCAAGGUGCCAAUGCAUGCAUCAUUUCCCUUUAAUAACACUGUGUACAGUAAUGUUCCCAGCAGCAGCAGCAGCAGCGGGUGAAGAGAAAAUUGAUGCUAUCAUCAUCACAGUCACUGGAGCCCACUAAAACAUAGGACCAGAUAAAAAAAAAUCACAUGAUUGACACGUAAAAGGGACAGGGAAUUAUAUUUUCACAAAAAAAAAGAGCUUAUUUCAUAUAUAAAACCUACUUUAAAUAAUAAAUCCUGCACAGUUGGUGAAGUGUUAGAUGCUGGGAGUUGGUGGUAUCUUGUAAAAAUUUCCUUUCAGGUCACAGAAGUUGUACAGUAAUGGUUGUUAAAAUGAUGCAAUGACAAUAUGUAGGUAGAGAAGACUAGGAUCAUAUGUAAAUAUGAACAUUGAUGUUGUGUGAAAUACUUGAAAUCCCUUUAAUAGUUGUUCUUGAAUGUGCUCCAACCCUUAGCCUUGUCUUUGUAGAGGCAAUCUCAUACUCCUCAUGACAGGAUCAGGAUAGUAGACAGUAAAAUGCAUGUACAAUGUAAUGAAGCACAGUGUAGCCAAGGAACUGAAAGUAUUUCUAAGUGCCUGAAUACUUAUCUCAACAUUUUAUUUUUUCAUUUAUGUCCUCUUUAUCCAUCUCUGGUCUUUGCUGUGAACUCUUAGUUUAGGAUUUUCACUGUUUCUCGGUUUAAGUUUAUUUUGCAAGUUAGAAAAAAGAAAUUAUAUCAACUAUGUUGAUGUAACAAAGCUGUUAAACUCAAUUAUACUAUACCAUAUUACAGUUCUCUGUGCACCAACCGCAGUGUGUGAUAGACUAAUUCACAGUUAAGAAUGAUAAUGUUAGCACUGACUAUCAUGGUUUUGUUGUAAUGGCAUGACAUACAAAAAAUGAAAUAAAGAAAGUAUGCAUUGUU